AUGGACACCUCAUUUUUAUCAGACACAGACUACAAUCAGACCUAUGUGGACGAGCAUUUUUACCUUGAGGACAAUAUUAAUGGCUUUGGCAUCACUAGGGCGAUACUCUACUUGGCGGUUUGUGUCCUGGGACUUGCUGGGAACUCCCUCGUCAUCGUUGCCAUUUUGAAAUUGGACAAAAUGUCAUCUUCCACGACGGUGUACAUCUUCAACCUGGCACUGGCCGACGGCCUCUUCAUGGUUGGUCUUCCCUUCAUAGCGAGCCAGAACUUCCAGAACCAUUGGAUGUUUGGCAACACGGCGUGCAAAGUCGUCAUGGUGCUGGACGGCAUCAACCAGUUCACCAGCGUCUUCUGUCUGACGAUGAUGAGCAUCGACCGCUACAUGGCGCUGGUUGACCCGCUUCGGUUCGCCCGUUGGAGGACGCCGCGCUGCGCCAAGAUGGUUUCGGCCCUCUUGUGGCUCUUUUCGCUCCUCACCAUCCUCCCCAUGGCGCUCCACUUCUCAGCCGAUCGAGGCCUGUGCAUACCAGACCUCGGCUCGGAUGCCUGGUGGCUCGGCAUCUUGUCUUACACCUUCGUGAUGGGGUUUGCUUUGCCGUUCACGGUCAUGACGGCGUCCUACGCAGCGCUGCUGCUCACCUUGAGGUCCCAGCGGCUCAGAACGACGACGCUGAACCACGAGAGCCACCGGCUGGAGCGACAGGUCACCAAAAUGGUGGUUGCAGUGGUGGUAGUGUUCGGGAUGUGUUGGCUGCCGUUUUACACCUUCAACUUCUGCUCCCUGUAUCAGACUGGCCUGGUCCUGAACUUCGCCAGAGCUUUUGAGUUUGUGGUCCUGCUGUCAUACUCAUGGAGCUGCGCGAACCCCAUCCUCUACGCCUGCCUCUCCGACACCUUCAGGAGACACUUCCGCACCCUCCUCUGCCCUGCUGCCAAGUCAUCUCCCAGCAUGCAGUGCGACACUGAACGGUAUGACUUAAAUGACACGGGUGUGUCGGAUGUGACCAUUCUGGCGUAG